AUGGGACGUCGCCCCGCUCGCUGCUAUAGGUACUGUAAGAACAAGCCGUACCCGAAGUCGCGGUACAACCGUGGUGUCCCCGACCCCAAGAUCCGCAUCUUCGACCUCGGUCGCAAGAAGGCGUCGGUCGAUGACUUCCCGUUCUGCGCCCACCUCGUCUCGAACGAGUACGAGCAGCUCUCUUCGGAGGCUCUCGAGGCGGCCCGUAUUUGCGCCAACAAAUACGUCGUCAAGAACUCGGGCAAGGACUCGUUCCACCUCCGCGUCCGCGCCCACCCCUUCCACGUGAUCCGUAUCAACAAGAUGCUCUCGUGCGCUGGUGCCGAUAGGCUCCAGACGGGUAUGCGUGGCGCGUGGGGCAAGCCGUACGGCACCGUCGCCCGUGUCAACAUCGGCCAGAUCAUCCUCUCGAUCCGUUGCAAGGACUCGAACAAGGCCAUCGUCCUCGAGGCUCUCCGUCGUGCGCAGUACAAGUUCCCCGGUCGCCAGAAGAUCAUCAUCUCGAAGAAGUGGGGCUUCACCAACCUCUCGCGCGAGGAGUACCUCGAGAAGCGCUCGAUCGCGCAGCCCGACGGCGCCUACGUCCAGUUCGUCAAGCCCCACGGCCCGCUCGAGGACAACCUCCGCCGUCUCGAGCGCAUCGGCGCCUGA